AUGGGAAUCCAGUUCGGGGAGGUCUUUGACUCGGAUCACUUCAUUUCAUCGCUCGAGCCUCAAGUCAGGGUCAUCAGGAAGCUUCCGCCCUCCUUCCAGUCACUCGAUGUCAACAUCAUGGGAGUCAACGUGAGUCUUUAUGUGAGCUCGGGAGGAGUAGAUCUAAGCUCGGGAGGAGUAGAUGUGAGCUCGGGAGGAGUAGAUCUGAGCUCGGGAGGAGUAGAUCUGAGCUCGGGAGGAGUAGAUGUGAGCUCGGGAGGAGUAGAUCUGAGCUCGGGAGGAGUAGAUCUGAGCUCGGGAGGAGUAGAUGUGAGCUCGGGAGGAGUAGAUCUGAGCUCGGGGGGGAUAGAUCUGAGCUCGGGAGGAGUAGAUGUGAGCUUGGGAGGAGUAGAUCUGAGCUUGGGACGAGUAGAUCUCUUUCUGCGCCUGGUGCCGCUGAUGAGGCGCGUGGGGCUCAUCCAUUUCCACGGCUUCCUCAACGCCCUCGCCUCCGACCCCAUGCCAGCACAUGUCCAGCGCUUACGCUGUCGCUGCAUGUUCCACGCCCUCACCUUCCUGCCAGCCGUCCAUGCCACCGCACAGCUGGCCAUCCAACGGCUGAGAUCGGCUGCUGGGGCGCUGCUACGUGUGCAGGACAAUUGGAUGGAUGGGGAGGACGAAGCAGGGAAACAAGGUGCUGGAAAUGAGGAUAAUCAAGGCAAAAUUAAGGAGAGAGAAAGGGUGGAAGGCCAGGUUGAAAGUCAGGUGAAAAUUCAGGUGAAAAAUCAGGUGAACGGCACAUCUGGUGAGUACCAAGGUCAGGAGCGAGACGAGGCAGACAAAGAAGCGGAGGAGGAAGCGGAGCAGCUGAGGGACAUCCGGAGGUUACUCUUCCCGGUGCUGCACGCGUACGAGCAGCAGGGCCGACUCAACGCCCCCGACUGGUACCGCCGCAUCGGCCGCUGCCCCGUUGCCCCUGAAGAGGCGGCUCUCGUGCUGGCCGGCAUGGGCGUGGGGAGAUUUCGUCCGGUGUUUCUGGUAGGGGUUUCUGCUGAGCCAUGCAGGCUGGUGCUUGGAGGUGAAGGGGUGGAGCAGGAGAGGCGGAUUAGGGCGCAGCAGGAGGAGCAGCUGAGGGGGCAGGGCAGGCGGUGGUUCAAUGGGUGCCGGCGGUUGGAGGCAGUGCGAGCGCUCUUCCCCUCCCUCUGGUCCAUUGAUACCCUCCUCUCCCCACAAGAGAUCGCGCCCUACUCGCACUCGCCACUCCUGAUUACCGCCCUUGAAACCAUUGUGGCCGGCGAAUCAGAUCUCUUCCUUGCGGCGGACGGCAGCAGCCAGCUGGCAGCACUCGUGGCCGGGCGGCGCAUGUACUUCGGAUCCAGAUCAGACAAAAUAUCUGACUGCGGGACCAGUGGCUGUACUUCUGCCAGCGAAUCUGGUUACCAGCAUGGUUACAGGCCAUCCGUGCGAAUCAACCGCGCACAGCUGGCGGAAGAUCUGGGCGGCGGGAAAGAUUUGCGGGCGGGGGAAGAGUGGGUUGGGGAUGCUGAGGAGAGGAUAAUGGAGCAUCCUCGCGACGAGGCGUGCAUGUGUUUUGGGAAGGGGGAUAAGGGAAGGGAGGAGUUGGAGAGUGGGGUGGAGAGUGGGGAGUGGGGAGGUGCAGGGGAAGAGGCGAGGGGAGGGCAGAGUCUGGUGGAAGGGAGGGAGGUGAGGGGAGGAGGAUUUGGCAGGGAGGAGAGUUCUGGUUCCGAGUCUGGCACUUUGAGGGCUGAUAGUGCUUUGGGGGCUGGCAAUGGGAAUGAGAUGGGUGAUGAUCGGUUGAGAGAGAAGGGGGGAGUUCGGGUCAAGGGGAGAGUGGUAAAGGGUGGAGGAGGAAGCAAUGGGCUCGCAAAGAGGCAAGGGCUUCGAGGUGUGGUUGGGGGACGAGGGGUGAGCGCUGGUGUGGAUGAUGACGUGGAUGAAGGGGAGGAGGGGGAUGAAGGAGCGGCCAUGGCGUCGUUGUCGACCGCGGGGGUCGGAAUCGGUCAGAGCACCUCUUCGUUCGUCGCAGGGAGCAAGAGUCUCUCGUGCGGGCGAAAGCAGCCAGCAGCGAGCGUUGCUUUCGCGGGCAAGCAGCGGCACGUUGCUCCCAUUAGAGCUGCGUCGUCGGGGUCCGGCGGGAAUGGCGACUCUAAUAAGGAGAAACCAGCAAUGCAGAGCCUGUACGACCUGGGCAGCAACCUGCUGACGCGCGUGCUGAGCGGCGGCGACAUGUCGGGCAUGCCCACUGCCUCCGGCGAGGUGUCGGACCUCGUCGGCCGUCCGCUCUUCUUCGCCCUCCACAACUGGUUCCUCGAGCUAGGGGGCGUGUACCGUCUCGCCUUCGGCCCCAAGGCCUUCGUGGUCAUCUCUGAUCCAAUCGUGGCGCGCCACGUGCUAAAAGAGAACGCCUUCGCGUACGAUAAGGGCAUGCUGGCGGAGCUGCUGGAGCCCAUCAUGGGCAAGGGGCUCAUCCCCGCUGACCUGGAGACCUGGAAGCAGCGCAGGCGAGCCAUCGUGCCCGGCUUCCACGCAGCGUAUCUGGAAGCCAUGGCUCUGGUCUUCUCCGAGUGCUCCAAGCGAUCCGUAGACAAGCUGCAAGCCCUUUGCGACGAGGCUGGAGCCACGGCGGGGAGUGAGGGCGUGCGCAUGGACAUGGAAUCAGAAUACUCAUCCAUCGCGCUGGACAUCAUCGGCAUCUCCGUGUUCAACUAUGACUUUGGCUCCGUCACGCGCGAGUCGCCCGUCAUCAAGGCCGUUUACGGCACGCUGUCGGAGGCGGAGCAUCGUGCUACCUUCUACAUCCCCUACUGGAACAUCCCCUUUAUAAGCCUGGUGGUGCCUCGCCAGAUGAAGUUCCAGCAGGACCUCAAGGUCAUCAACGACUGCCUCGACGACCUCAUCACCCGCGCCCGCGCCACCCGCCAGGAGGACGAUCUAGAGGCCUUGCAGCAGAGGGAUUACAGCAAGGUGCGGGACGCCAGUCUGCUGCGCUUCCUGGUGGACCUGCGGGGGGAGGACUGCGAUGACAAGCAGCUGAGGGACGACCUCAUGACCAUGCUGGUGGCUGGGCAUGAGACCACUGCUGCUGUGUUGACAUGGGCCACUUACAUGCUUGCUCAGCACCCGCGAGUGUUGGCGAAGCUACAGGAGGAGGUUGACAGAGUUCUGGGCGACCGGCUGGCCACGCUGCAAGACAUCAAGUCCCUCGAGUACACGCGCCUAGUGGUAUCAGAGGCUCUCAGGCUCUACCCCCAACCGCCGCUGCUCAUUCGCCGUGCACUGGCCAAUGACCAUCUGCCAUCUGGGUACAAGGGUAAUCCCGAGGGCUACAAUCUUCCCAAGGGCACGGAUCUCUUUGUCUCUGUGUUCAACAUCAACCGCUCGCCGCAUUACUGGGAGAAUCCCGAGGAGUUUCGGCCAGAGAGGUUCCUGGAGAGGAGGAGUGGCGAUGGCAUCCCCGGGUGGGAUGGGUACGACCCUGACCGGCUGGCAGGGGCUCUCUACCCCAAUGAGGUGGCAUCUGAUUUCGCAUUCCUGCCAUUCGGAGGCGGCCCGCGCAAGUGUGUGGGGGACCAGUUCGCGCUGAUGGAGUCCACAGUUGCGCUCGCCAUGAUCCUCCGCCACUUCAAUGUGCGCCUCGAUGGGCCGCCAGAGGACACAGAGAUGGUCAUGGGGGCCACCAUGCACACCAAGUCGGGGCUCUGGUGCCGCCUCACACCCCGGGAAAACAAGGGCGCCGCUGCCGCUGAUGCUGCUGCUGCUGCUACCGCGAAUGCGUGA